UGUGACAGUCUCCUAGAGCCGGCAGGCCCAGGCCGUGGCGAGAGGCUCUUGCCCAAGGCCAGGCGCUCAGUCCCUGAUGUAGCGGGGAGCUCACCGCAGGAUCGGCUGGGCACCACCAGAAUUUGAAUUAUUUCCCUUGCCUAUUAGCCAUUUUAUAAAGAUUUAAAAAAGAAAAAAAGAAAGAAACACUAUGUCUGAUGAAGUUUUUAGCACAACUUUGGCUUAUACAAAGAGUCCAAAAGUCACGAAAAGGACUACUUUCCAGGAUGAGCUAAUAAAAGCAAUUACAGCCCGCUCAGCCAGGCAAAGAAGUUCUGAAUACUCUGAUGACUUUGACAGCGAUGAGAUUGUUUCCUUGGGUGAUUUUUCUGACACCUCAGUAGAUGAAAAUUCAGAUAAGAAAAAAAUGAAUGAUUUCCAUUUAUCAGAUGAUGAAGAAAAGAAUUCCCCAAAACUAUCUUUUUUGAAAACCAAGAAAUCAAACAUUGACAUGACAAAAGAUGAGCCAGCUUUCUCUGCCAAAAAUGAUGAGGACAUGGCACCUGAUGGUUGUGGAGACGUGGUUGGAGCUCCCUUAUCUGAAUCUCAAAGUGAAGACCAGGAAAUCGAAAAAGACAAAAUUAAAAUGAAACCUAAACCCAGGAUUCUCCCAGUCAAAAGCACAUCUUCAGAAAACAACAGCAGCCUUGAAGCAGACAACCACUUCAGGCCUUCACCUCGGCCACGGAGCAUGUUGAAAACACACAGCCACAAGGAGGAGAAAGAUGGGCCAGGAGAAGAUAAAACAACUGCUCUCCGUGAAGAAUUAGAGCCACAUUCUGCACCUUCCCCCCUCCCAGCGCUAAAUGACGGACAACUAGAAGCUGAGAAAAAAGCAUUCUCGGAAAACCUAGAUCCUGAGGAUCCAUGGUUAACAAGUCUAUCAUCGUCAUCUCUUAAAGAAAGUCUUGGAGAUUCCUUAUCACCAGGAUCUGGGGAAAAAGUAUCCAUACAAGAUCAGAAUGAAGAACUUACUGAAAACCACAAUUCCUUGAAAUCAAAUGAAAAUGAAGAGAAUUCAUUUUUGAUAGACUUUGUUACUACUCCACAUGAGAAAUCCAAGGAAAGUCAAGUGAUUGCUGAUGACCUUGAAGAAGAAAAGGAGAAAGCUGAACUGAUCAUGAAUGAGUUGACAGCUGAUCCACCGCUAUUGAAAUCUCAGAGUAUCGUAAUAUCCACUGAUGCAACUGCGUCUUCAAAGAAAACAAUUGAAGACAGAAAUAUGAAGAAUAAAAAAUCAACAAAUAAUAGAGCAUCCAGUGCAUCUGGCAGAUUAAUGACCUCUGACUUUUUAAAGAAAUCGAGUUCUAUAAGGAGACCACCAUCAGCAUCUACCUCUUCUCACUAUUUAGGGACUUUGAAAGUCUUGGACCAAAAGCCCUCACAGAAACAGAACCUAGAACCUGAACGAGCAGAUAACAUAAGGGCAGCUGUUUAUCAGGAGUGGUUAGAAAAGAAAAAUGUGUAUUUACAUGAAAUGCACAGAAUUAAAAGGAUUGAAAGUGAAAACCUAAGGAUCCAAAACGAACAGAAAAGAGCUGCUAAGAGAGAAGAAGCAUUAGCAUCAUUUGAGGCCUGGAAGGCUAUGAAAGAAAAGGAAGCAAGGAAAAUCGCCGCCAAGAAAAGGCUUGAGGAAAAAAACAAGAAAAAAACCGAGGAAGAAAAUGCUGUGAGAAAAGGAGAGGCACUACAGGCGUUUGAACGAUGGAAAGAGAAAAAGAUGGAGUACCUUAGAGAGAAAAAUAAAAAGGAGAAAGAAUACGAAAGAGCGAAGAAGCAGAAAGAGGAGGAAACUAUUGCUGAGAAGAGGAAAGAUAACUUAACAGCUGUAGAGAAAUGGAAUGAAAAGAAGGACGCCUUUUUCAAAGAAAAGGAGAAAGAGAGAAUAAAUGAGAAAAGAAGAGAAGAACUGAAAAAAGCAGAGAAGAAAGAUAAAGACAAGCAAGCUAUUGAUGAAUAUGAAAAAUGGCUGUUUUCUGUUUUCUCUUUAGGAAAAGAAAGAAAGGCAGGAAAGAAUUGAACGAAAACAGAAGAAACGUCAUUCCUUUCUUGAAAAUGAGGCACUUCCUCCCUGGAGCCCUCCAAGUCGAACUGUGUUCUCAAAAGUGUUUUGAUAAUUCUCAUUCUUACGUGAGAUGUAGUUAUUUAUCAAUUCACUAAUUUUAGCCGUGAGUUUAAAACUAUUUAUUCAGUUGGUUAUAGUUAGAAGAGUUCUAUGUUAUUAAACGCCAGCCAUUUCCACUGACUGUGGAUAAGAUGCUUUGGAGUUUAAUCAAUGAAAUAAUUGAAGGCAUUUUUUUUGGACCGUAGAUAAGCUGCCUCAAUGAGAAGCUAAUAAUCAGAUCGCUCUUACUGUUAAAAGAACCCUUUAUCAUGUCUUUGCAAUUGUUACAAUCAGGUGACCCAUGACCACUUUCAGCCGUGCCCGGUAUUGAAGUGUGUGUAUUCCCCAGAAUAAAGGAAACCAUUUAGGUAUGACAGUCAUAGAAAUAAUUGAAUCAUUCUGUGAAUGAUUGUCCACCUAGAUUCAGGUUUUAAAAGGAAUCAUUGCUGGCAGUACGCAUGUAUUAUUUUUUUCCAAAACUUACCUUUAACUUGAGCAGUUGCACUGUACAAGUUACAGUUUUGGUCAGGUGAGGCAGUAGUUCAGUAGAACUCUAAUCCUCCAGGCAUUCUAUUUAAGGAGUAUGCCUUAUGUUUUAAUAUGAGUGUAUCUGUCCCAGAUUUCCAUGACAAUCAUAGACAUAGGCAUUUGAGUAGACCUCUCAAAUUUGUCCUCUAAAUUCUAUCUCACUUUAUUAUUUCGGUGAUAUCAAAAGAUAUCCGUUUCUUGGCAGUGAAAUACUCACACAAUUGAGAUGGAAAUUCCACAAGAGUUCAAGGUCAUUAUCACUAUUAUUAUUUUCCAGAUUUAAGCCAUAUAGGUGAUAAAGGCAAUUUUUGACCUCUUAACCUAUUCUAGAGUCUUAUAGCUUAUAUUUAGAAGACAGCUGUAUAGGAAGGUAACUUGUAGAAAAUGCCCAAAGAAUCUUUAUUUAUUUAUUUGAUCUGUGCAUAUCUUUAUAUUAAUUGGACUCAUACUUGAACUGGUCAGCUAAUUUAUCACAGACCAAAUGUAUGCUCUCAGAGUUGUAAUACUACUUUAGCCAAUGAUGGGAUGCAAUGAUGGGUGAGAAUAUAAUUACUAUUUAUUAAGCACCUAUUGUAUGGUCUCUUCUGGGUCUUUACAAAUGUUAAUUCUUUGCAACAAGUAUUCAACGCAGGUAUUAUUUUUCAGAUUAAAAAUACUGAGACUCAGAGAAGUAACUUGCCAUACAUUUAGCAUGUGACAUUUGAGAUUAGAAUUGAGUAAGUCUUCCUCCCCCCAGAAUCAAUAGGCUCAUUUUUAUGCUCUGUAUUAUAUCAACUUUAUAAACACAUUUUACCUCUCAGAUCCUAAAAUCGUGCAUUGUUACCUAGAGCUUGUAUUUCCUUUUAAGAAAUAUCUGUUUGUUAUUAGAGAUGGUGAACUUUAUUAGAUCUAUAAAAUGAAAGAAGAUUUCAUAAUAUGUAAAGAAUUAGUCAAAUGCCUUGUAUGUAGUAUUAGAAUGUCAGGAAACCCAGCAGGUAGUGGAACAUAGGCUUUUGAGAUAGUCACUCAGAGGGUCUCACUCUGAGGAUUAGGCUGGCUGCAGUGCGUUCAAGAUAAGAGACAUCACGGAUCAGUAGAUCACAUCAGUGCUACAGGUAGUUGUGUUUUUUUUGUUUUUUUGUUUUUUUUUUUUUUUAAUUAUAAACAAAACUAGAAGCCUUUUUAUACUGCCAAGAACCAGGAGAAUACUUCAUGAAAUUGAAACUAUUAUCACCAAUGUGUAUUAUCAAUAUGGGAUUUAGCUCCUCUGUUUUUCACCAAAUAGAUAUAUAUAGUGCCUACCAGGAGGAAUCGUUGUUUAUGGUAUCUAAUUAGCUAUUCAGAGCUAAGAAGGUAUUUGCAAAUUCCAGGAAAGUUAAAGGAAAAAAGGUCAGGGAUAUGAGAUCAUAAAUGCAUGUCAUAAAUUUCACAUUAAAUAUUUACACUUCCCAAUUAUUUUCUUCUUCAUUAUCAUUUAGUGGCUUGCUAUCAUCGCUUCUUAGUUGCAGGAGCACUGAAUGAAGUUAGUAAUUAAUGUAAAGCAUAUGGCACAUAAUAAGGACUUAAUAAAUGUUCAUUUUCACUUACUUACUUCCAUAAGCCCUGCAUUUCCCCACUUCAUGUAUGUGAGGAGAAGGUCAACACAGAUGGGAUUGAUAAUGGUUAUUUGACUUACACGUUCUUAACAUGCAAGAAGAAAUCUCCACUUUCCUGGCCAGUCUGGCCAUCCAAAGAGAAUAUGGAGGUGAGUUGGAUUAGAGACCUCCUAAAAAGAAAUCUAAAGAAAUCUAAAUCUUAGCACUGCUUGUGAAGUAGAAUGAAAUGGGAAAUUGAGGUGUUUGCGAAGACCCAGCAAUUCAUCUCCCUCAGUGGGGAAUUUUGUCUUAACUACGAUAAAUAAUAAAUUACUUCCUGUUUACAGUAACACCUGCUGAUCAGUUAUCUAGUUGAAUGAAAUCCUCUCUUCUUCCCGUAGCAAAAAUAAAGCUGAGUUUUAAGAGCUGGAUGAAAGUAAAGUACUGUUGACUUUCUGAGAUCCAAAGGAGAGAAUCCAACCUGGUAAUAUUCUCUUGAAUGCAUUUAUCUAUUUAAGGGGUAUGAUUUUCCCAUAUAUCCUUUAAAGUAUCAAAUAUCAAUACAUUUGCUCAUCAAGUUUUCAUUAAUUUAUAAUAGGGAAUUCAAAUUCAAAUUAAAGACACUAAAAGCGUAUAGAUUUUCAGACUAAAAUUCUACUUUUGUAAACUGUAUUGAUCACUUGAAUGCUAACACUUCAAAGUACAGAAAAUAAGAAUUUAAUGAAUAUUUUGCAAUAUGACUGAAAACAAUUUCCCUAGAAAUUGUCAGAUUAGUACAAAAAUAAAAUUGUAUACAGAAUGUAUUUUCCCCGUAACAAGCAAGAAAACAGUAGUGCGUUCUAUAAAUAGAGAAAAACUAUAUGGCAUUUUAGAUCAGUAGGAAGUGGCAGUUUUCUUAAAGAAAAUAAGAACCAUUCAGGGAUAACAAUUUUCCAGUGGUUUGUAUUGCAUCCUGUUUUGAAAAUGUUAGUAGUUCAUUUAUUGUUCUAAAUAGUAUUGAAACUGAUAUCUCACUGUUGCCAAAGCGGUAGCUGAAAAUAGUUAAGUGUUCCCAGUUGUAUAUACCUUGGAGUGAUAAAACUAUGGAUCUGGAAGGGUUUUAAUAAUUUAAUAAAGUUGGCCCAAACACUAUUUCUAAGUUGAAUGACUACUUUGACUUGCCCAAGCUCAGAUCACUAACCAUAAGAAUCCAAAGUUAGAAAUCAGGUGUCCAGUUUUCCGGUUGUAAUCAGCCCACCAUUCCCCAAUUUUGAGAUCUGAUAAAACUUUCACACUAACUUUUGUAGCCAUGGUCAUUACCAACUUAGUUCGUUUCGAUUCUCUCCAAUGGUCCCUUAUUCUUCCAGUGCCUUCUCCAUAACUCCACCAGAUCAAAGCUCUUUGGGCACCUCCACCACUAUUUCAUGGGUGGGGGGAGUACUGAAGUUUCUUAAGCUCUGGGUCACAGGCUACAGUAAAAUGGAAAAAAGAAAUGUCUCAAAAUGGGAGAAAUUGCAUGUUAGCCAAAGUAGGUCCCGAGAAUAAACUAGUACAGAAAACAAAUUUUCCUGAUGUAAUCUUGGCUCUAAUUUCAUUAGUGCUGUAUUAAAAGGUAUUUAAACCCAUAUGCUUCCAUUCUACACAAAGCAAAGAUAUUACCAAUUGUCCUGCUUCCUAGGUACAUUGGCUGACAGAAUAACGAAUGCUAUGUAAAUGCUUAACUAGAGACUUCCCUGAAUUCUUUUCAUUUUAAAAUUUCUUGUGAUUUGAUUAUUUUGAAACAUGUUACAUGUAAUUGUAUAAUGUUAAUUAAAUUAUUGGCACUAAAUUUAGGAUGUUUAAGAAUUACUUGA